AGAAAGGAAGACUUUCGCAGGCGCCACCUUGUGAGACAGUCCUAUCGCAGAAGUUAUUUCGAGUAGUUCUUCGGUGGUUGUGUUAGUCCGGUUUUCCCGUGAUUUUUUCCGAUCUCAAAGGAUCCCGGUUACUGCUACUCCGUUAAAAAGAGCGAUGUCGAUGGCUGGGUAUUAAAGCAACCAGGAGCUGACUGGAGAAAAAUCUAGUCGCGCUCAUUUGAAUCACUGUUGAGUAUCAGCCAAUAAACACACGCAAGGAUCAUGAAAAUGGUGCUGUCUCAACGUCAGAGGGAGGAGUUAAAUAAGGCGAUUGCGGACUAUCUAAGCACCAAUGGCUAUCAAGAUGCGCUGGAAGCGUUCAAAAAAGAAGCUGAUAUGCCUGGGGAAGUAGAAAGAAAGUAUGGAGGUCUUCUGGAAAAGAAAUGGACUUCCGUCAUACGCUUGCAGAAGAAGGUAAUGGAAUUGGAAUCCAAACUCUCUGAAGCAGAGAAGGAGUUCAUCGAAGGAGCACCAACACGUAGCAAACGAUCACCAUCCGAGUGGAUACCAAGGCCACCCGAAAAGUACAGUCUUACUGGACACAGAGCUCCCAUCAACAGAGUCAUUUUCCAUCCGGUUUUUAGUCUUAUAGUAUCUGCCAGCGAAGAUGCCACCAUUAAGGUGUGGGACUUCGAAAGCGGCGAAUUUGAAAGAACAUUGAAAGGACACACUGACAGCGUACAGGACGUUUCUUUCGAUGUCUCCGGGAAACUGUUAGUCUCAUGCAGUGCAGACAUGUCUAUUAAGUUGUGGGACUUUCACCAGUCAUUCGCCUGCGUGAAAACCAUGCACGGGCAUGAUCACAGUGUCAGCUCUGUCGCAUUUGUGCCACAAGGGGAUUUCGUAGUGAGCGCCUCUAGGGAUAAGACCAUCAAAAUAUGGGAAGUCGCGACAGGGUAUUGUGUUAAAACGUUGACGGGACACAGAGAGUGGGUACGAAUGGCCAGAGUCAGCCCCUGCGGGGAACUAAUUGCUAGUUGCUCGAAUGACCAAACGGUACGGGUUUGGCAUGUUGCAACAAAAGAAACGAAGGUGGAACUCAGAGACCACGAACACGUAGUGGAAUGUAUCGCAUGGGCACCAGACAGUGCAAGGGCAUCGAUCAAUGCUGCGGCAGGAGCAGACAACAAGGGUGCCCACGAAGGACCUUUCCUCGCAUCUGGCUCGCGAGACAAGGUAAUUCGUAUAUGGGACGUCGGUGCCGGUGUUUGUCUCUUUACCCUCUUGGGACACGACAACUGGGUUCGCGGCAUCGUCUUCCAUCCCGGUGGCAAGUUUAUCGUCAGUGCCUCUGACGAUAAGACCCUGCGAGUCUGGGACACGCGCAACAAACGGGUAAUGAAAACCCUCGAAGCGCACGUCCACUUUUGCACUUCCGUUGAUUUUCACAAAAGCCAUCCUUACGUGGUCACCGGUAGUGUCGAUCAAACGGUGAAGAUUUGGGAGUGCCGCUAGUCACCAAAACAUCAGGGUCUCGUUAAACCUUCGUCGAGGAAGAAAGAUUUUGGAGAGAAGGCGAACGAUGCGCGUCGAAUUCGAUGAAAAGGGCCGAGAGAGUAAGCUGCUACAAAAAAAAAGUUAUCGUACAUACUACUAUUAUUAAUAUUAAUAUUAUUAUACACACAUAAACACGUACGAUUAAGAGCUCUUUAAUUAAUUUAUAAUAAAGUAUAAUUAGUAAUUAUUAAUAUUACAUAUACGUUUUACGGUAACGAACUGCACGAUUCGAGGAGAGUCGGUCGAAAUUAACUUUCUUUCAUGAGGAGGACAUUGCCAUAAUUUCGUCGACGAUGAAAAAUAAAAAUAAGAGAAGAAGAAAUUCAAGUAUUUCGAAUUGACUGACAAAAAAUGUACCGACAUAACAAUAUUGCUUCAUCGAAACGAUUGGUUGAUUGUUUCACAGAAACAUUAUCCCACUACGAAGCAUGUUAUAAUUGUACAUCUGGCUCGUUCGAACGUGUCGUCCUCCUCGAUCCAUCGACAAUGACGAGAAUUUCGGCUUGUGUUGCGUCUCUGGAAUAUAAGAAAAGAACAUAGUCGCUCGUUUGCUAUGCUGACCUCUCCUCGAGCGUUCUUGACGAUGUGACAUCGGAAAAUGACAUCGAUGCGUAUAGCAAACAGAGAUUCGCGCGCGCGUGCGUAUACACGUAUUAAAAGAAAAAGGUAUAAAGAAAGGUAUGCGAGGCGUCAUCAUUUGUCGUGUACUGUGAGCGUCGAUAAAAUUGAAUCCAGCCUCUGACCGAGUAUGUGGCAUAUACCUUCGUACAAAAAAGUAAAAGGAUACACGAUGUAAUAAUAACAAAGUGCGAAUGGACGUGCCAAACGGGUGAGCAGAUUUCAAGUGACGUUGAGAAUCGAGUAGCGCCCAUUUGGAACGUUUUAUUCAUACUCCAUAUUCCGUAUGUGCGUACUAUUCAUACAAGUGGACUAUUUCAAAUUGUUCCCCUGACAAAAAAAGAGUUAAACGAACGAACGAACAUCUAAUAUGAUCGGCCGAAGGCGUACCUAAUGCGGAAGGAAUAAUAUAAUGUAUCGAUAAACGAGACGUAGGUUUUCGGCAAUGCAUGACGUCCAAGCAACGUGCAUUAUUAACGAUAAUACUAGAAGCAAGGGACGGCCGAAUGGAGCGUGCGAUUCGUGAAGAAAAUACGAGGAAAAUAUGUACAAGCAUGUAUUCGUAUGGAAGUACUUGAGCCGCAUAAUUCGUUGCGUGGGUCCCGAGAUACGAGGGGUAUUAGUUGUAUAUUUAGCUCUAAACUACUAUUAGCGGUAGUGCAGACGUAACGUAGACAAGAAACAUGAGAAAAAAGAAAAGAGAAAAAUAGAAUCAGGCCACGAGUGUACGAUCGAUCGGUACAAACACAACACACACCAUAUAUAAUAUUUACGCAGGUAUUCAUCGAGACCUCGUAUAACAAUGCUUAAUUGAUUAAGGCCGAUUUUUCAGACGAUAUAUUCUAUUCUCCGCUAUUACAUUUUUCCUACCAUUUUUCCUCCCUCGUCUAAGUAAAAGCCCUGUAUUCCCCUGUCCAUUUGUCCCCCCAAAAACCUCUCCAAGAGAGAGAUAUAUAUAUAUAUAUGGUACUAAAUUAUUUUGAUGAACAAUAAAAACAAAAGUUCUCAUUCAAUCGUUUAAGAUGGUUCUGCUGUAUUACCUGUGUGUUUCGUCGUCGUUCGUGCAUCGUUGUUUGCCAUUUUUCGAUCCAUUGAUAAUAAAAAACCUUGUAGUAAUCACAAAUACUGGAAAUUCUGUUCUUUUGGGAACAACAGUCCCCAUUUGUCUACUAUAAAACGGAUCGGUGAAAUUAUGGAAAUUCUUCCGUAAGGACAAGACCAAUUGUAAUAUUUUUAUUCGAAUCAAACAGCCUCGUUCGUCUGUCGAUUUGAAACUUCGUUUACUUUUUCUUUCCCCUGACAGAAUUUAAUGUAGCACUCUUGUACAAAACGAUUCUUUGGAAUCGGAGCGUGGCGGGAUCGCACGUCUACACGUAUGGUGUUCUGAAAAGGCUCGCGUGUAAAACCAGAACAGACUUCUUUCUUUCUUGUCAACCGACCGACCUCGUGUACCUCGAUUUCGUUCGCGAGGCAUGUACGAUACUCGCAGGUUCCGUAGAGGCGAGCAAUGCGUACGAUUUAAGUCACGACUCCGCAAGUACAUGCAUGUCAGUAUUUUACAUUUAUAAUAUAGAAAGAGAGAAAAAAAAAGCUAACACAUACACAAACACGUACACACACUCAUGUAUAUUUAUAAUAUACGAUAUAUAUUAUACAUAUAUAUAUAUAUAUACACACACACACACACACAUACAUAUACAUACACAAAUAUAAUACACAAAGAACACAGUGUGUAUAUAUACACACAAAAGUAUAUUAUUGUAAUUGAGCAGUAAAAACGAAGAUACGCGUAUCGAACAAGCUAAACUUAACCCAAACACAAUUCGAUGUUCGGUAUUUAUACGUAGGAUGACGUAAUAAAAGUAAUGUCGUAGUUGCUUUUCGUAAAUUCCGCCGCACUUGCUUUAGUAAUUUUUCUCGCUUUUUCUACCCGCCCUUCGAAACAACUAAAGAAAAGACGAUGCUGACACGUUUAGUAGAGUAAACAAUAAAGUGUUGUCAUCAUUUGUGAUAUAUACGUA